AUGAGCGAGGCAAUGCUGUGGAAACUCCGUGCAUCAAAGAUGGAGGCUUAUGUGCGCUCUGCAAUGUUGCAGAACGACACGUUUGAAGACACGAUUCGACAGCUCGAGUUAGGCUUGAGCAGAGUGAAAGAGGAGCUGACGUCAAGGCUCGCUCGUGAGGCACAAUUGGUGGCAAAGCUGGGAGCUCUUAAGUCCGAGUUAGCAACCACGAAGGAGCAAGCUGCUUCUCUAGCGGAGAAGUAUCAGGUGGCAAAUGCUGAGCUAGAGAAGCGUCAAGGUGAAGCUACAAACCGAGGAGAUGAAACACAGCGAGCUCGCAUGGCUGUUCAGCGAAAGGCGGAGCUCUUAACGCAGCAAAAAUCCAAGGUGGCGUCGCUUCAGCAGGAGCUGGAGCAAGCUGCCAAGAAAGUUGAGAGGCUUGGGGCUGUUGAAAAGCAGGCGGCUCUGCUCCAGCAGAAGGCGAAGGAGCACACGCAGCAGUUGCUGCACGCUCGUCAAAGCUACGAGAGCUGUCGCGAUGACAACGUUCAGCUGUCAUUUCAUCUUGAAAAGCUGAAAGAACGUCAUGCUGGCGUAGUAGCUCGACUGAAGGCUGCGCGCGCGGAGAACGCGCAACUGCGAGCGCAACGCACUGACCUCAAGAAUAACGCAACACUACAAGGCGAUAUCGACGGAGGUGGAAGGGGGAAUUCCCACCGUGCAAACCAAGGGGAAGCCAACGCUGUCUCUAUCGCUUCUCUUACUGAAGAAGCUCGCGCACUUAAACGGCGCGUGCUCCAGAAGCAAGACGUGAUCGUUAGCUACAAGUCGAAGGUCGCAGAGUAUGAAGCGCAGUUGGAGCGUCAGAGGGAGACGAUGGUGAAGCUAGCUCGUACCAAUCGUGAGCUGCAGCAAGGACAACGGCAGCGACAGCAACAAGAACUCGAGUUUACUUCGGCUCUUCAAACGAAGCUAGAGGGCCAACUCGAAGUCAAGCAAGAGCAGCUCGAUGGUCUGCGCGCUUCCGUCUACGAUUCAUUCGAGGCUUUCGUGUUCUGUCGGACCUCAUCUUCGUCAAGU